AUGGCUCCUUCAAGGACUGAUUCUGAGGUCAAUGAGCCCAGCCCCAUGGUUGGAGCCAUUACGAAGAAACCCACCAUGUAUCUUUUGGAAACGUUCCCGGAGGACGCCGUCAGGCACUGCCAAAAUAUUUUCCACACAGUCCUUUCCACAGAUGAAGAAGUCCACCAAUGGAGAGAGAACGCAGAUGCGAUACUUGUACGAGAGACAAUCAUAUCCGCUCAGGAUAUAGCCUCGGCCCGUAAACUCCGUGCCAUCGGCAAACAGGGUACCGGCAUCGACAUCAUCGACAAAGAUGCCGCUGACAAGAGGGGUAUAGCCAUCUGCAACACCCCAGGCGUCAACGCCCAGUCGGUAGCGGAGCUCGUGUUGGCACUUACCAUGUCAGUCGCGCGCCAGCUGAGCGCUAUCUCGGUCAAGCAGACGUCUGGCCGAGAGAUUAGAAAGGAACAUUGCAUGGGAAUCAUGCUCAGCGGCAAGUCUGUCGGUAUUCUAGGAAUGGGGGCCAUUGGUACUGCCGUCGCGAAGAUGUUCCGCGCCGCUUUUGAUGCCCGGGUGUGGGCAUAUGAUCCCUUUGCUCCGCUCGACGCGUGGGUUGAUAUUGAGCACAAAAGAGUGCAAUCUUUCGAAGAGAUGUUACCCCACGUGGAUAUGCUGACAUUGCACAUACCACUCAACGAGCAGACAAGAGGUCUGAUUGGGAUGAAACACCUGAGGCAAAUGAAACCAGAUGCGAUCCUGAUUAACGUUGCUCGCGGUGGCAUCGUUGAUGAGCUUGCGUUGACCCAAGUGCUCAGUGAAGGGCAUAUCUUUGGAGCUGGUCUUGAUUGUCAUGAGGAAGAGCCGCCAGUUCUGAGUAAAUAUAAUUCCUUGUGGAAGACUGGGCGAGUCGUCAGCGCACCGCAUAUUGGAGCAACAACCAAGGAGACUGUCACGAAGACGGCCACCAUGGCCAUAGACAACGUUUGGCAGCACUUGGUCUCCACCUCCAAAACUUCAACCGCCUAG